AUGGCUACGUUGCCUGACGAGCAAUUGCCUCCCCUCCCGCUAACGGGUCAGUCGGUGCCGAUCCCACAUGGUCAUUUGUCGGAAGACGACGUAAGCCUGGCUGCUGUGCGCUCAGCCCUGGACGCGCUGCAGCAAUCCAUCGUGCAUUCUGUGCUUGCUCGUGCUGCGCUUCCGCUGGAUGGCAGGACCAUCGCAUCGGAAAAGCCGUUGCUCAAGGCUAUCUUUGCUGCGUCUUACAACUCGAGCAUCGAUUCGGAUCUACCAGAAAGGCUCUUCGCGUCGAUAGCCCCUGAUCCUCCGUACCUUUACUACAUCCGUGAUGGGGCAGCAGCAGAGAGGUACGGUGAUAGGGAGCACCACAGCAGCCCGAAGGAUUUGAUCGAUGCAUACUAUCAGGACGUCCUACCUCACCUACUACGCAGAGCACCAGAGAAUGCAUCUGCCAAUGUAGAAGACGGUCAGACGCAAGUGCCCAACGUCAGCACCUUGACCGCUCUAGCAAGCGCGCAAGUUCUGCAAUCGCUAAGCGCCCGGGUGCAUCUCGGACGAGCAGCAGGGCAAGCCAAAUACCUAGCAGAUCCACUCUCGUACUGCGAUCUGGCCAAACGAGGAAAUGUUGUUGCAUUGCGGGACAAAGUGAGGAACAAGGCUCAAGAGCAGAGCGUCUUGCGCAAGCUGUACUCUCAAAUGCAAGCUUGGUCGCACACUCCAAACUUCUCCGGCGACUCCAAGGUACCGACGUUGAACUUUACGGUGCCUGCAACCAUCAAUCCUCUUCCUAUGGUCGAGUUGUACAGGAUGUGAGCAGAUCGAGGCCUUGAUCCUACAUAGCAUUGAGACGUUCUCAUGAGGAAGAUGACCGAGCUCCUCUCUCUAAUUAGCG